AUGGAUUCUACUGCAAGUGCUGCUCCUUUGCACAUAGCAAUAUUUCCAUGGUUUGCUAUGGGACACCUCACUCCUAAUCUUCACCUCUCCAACAAGUUAGCAGAGAGAGGUCACAGAAUAUCCUUCAUAGUCCCACAAAGAACACAAACCAAACUACACCAUCUCAAUCUGCACCCUCAUCUCAUCACCUUUGUCCCCAUCAAAAUUCCUCAUGUUCAUGGCCUUCCUCACCAUGCUGAGACCACUUCAGACGUCCCCUUCUCUUUAGCCCCACUUAUCGCCACCGCCAUGGAUCGCACACAGAACGACAUUCAACUUCUCCUGAGGAAUCUCAACCCACACAUUGUUUUCUUCGAUUUCCAACAUUGGCUACCCAGCUUGACUCGGAGCCUAGGCAUCAAGAGUGUGAUGUACCUCAUAGUUCACCCAUUAUCAGCAGCAUACCUUGGAGAUGGACCAAGAAGAAGCCAAGGAAGAGAGUUAUCUGAACUUGAUCUAAUGGAACCUCCUCCGGGGUUCCCUGAUUCAUGCAUCAAGUUUCAGCCACAUGAACUUCGGUUCCUCGUUGCAGUAAGGAAACUCGAGUUUGGAAGUGGUGUUCUUCUGUACGAUCGGUUAGACAAUAGUUUCUGCUCGGCGGAUGCAAUCGGAUUCAAAGGUUGCAGAGAAAUUGAUGGGCCAUAUGCAGAAUAUCUAGAAACUGUGUAUGGAAAACCUGUUUUGCUUUCAGGGCCUCUUUUAUCUGAGCCACCGAACUCUACAUUGGAGGAAAAAUGGGUUGCAUGGCUUAGUGGUUUCAACCAUGGUUCUGUUGUGUUCUGUGCAUUUGGAAGCGAAAGCCCCUUACCACAAAAUCAGUUUCAAGAGUUGUUGCUUGGUCUUGAACUAACAUGUUUUCCAUUUUUUGUAGCAUUUAAGCCUCCUGAUGGAUUUGAGUGUAUUGAAGAAGCCCUGCCAGAAGGGUUCAGAGAAAGAGUUAAAGGAAGAGGGAUUGCAUACGAAGGUUGGGUGCCACAACAACUGAUAUUGGAACACCCUUCAAUUGGUUGCUUCAUAACACACUGUGGAGCUGCUUCUUUAACAGAGGCCAUAGUGAAUAAGUGUCAAUUGGUGCUGCUGCCAGGACACAGAGGGGGUCAUAUCAUCAAUGCAAGAAUGCUGAGUAGAAAAUUGAAGGUUGGCGUGGAAGUGGAGAAGGGGGAAGAAGAUGGUUUGUUCAGCAAAGAAAGUGUAUGUAAAGCAGUGAAAAGUGUGAUGGAUGAUGAGAGUGAGGUUGCAAGAGAAGUGAGACAAAAUCAUGCCAAACUCAGGAACUUCUUACUGAGCGACAAUUUAGAGUCCUCAUGUGUUGAUCUUUUCUGUCAACAACUUCAAAAGUUACUAUAAUUUCCAACC